UCAUUAGACCACCAAGAAGACAAAAACCUAUCGAUCAUGAAGAUCAGCCUUAGCAUAGUCAUCAUACUUUUAUCAUACACGGCGGCUACGGUGGCCGGACAACAAUGCGGCCGUCAAGCCGGUGGUCGUACUUGUCCCGGAAACAUCUGCUGCAGCCAGUACGGCUACUGCGGCACCACGCCGGAGUACUGUUCUCCGGCCAACAACUGCCAGAGCAACUGCGGGGGUAGCGCACCAAGCGGUUCAGGUGAGAGCGCGAAGAACGUACGCGCCACCUACCAUAUUUACAAUCCGGCGCAGAACAAUUGGGAUCUGAGAGCCGUCAGUGCUUAUUGCUCCACGUGGGAUGCUGAUAAAUCUUACGCGUGGCGGAGCAAGUACGGCUGGACUGCCUUCUGCGGACCGGCUGGACCUCGUGGUCAAGCUUCUUGCGGCAAGUGCUUGAGGGUGAGGAACACAAGAACAAAUGCUGCAGUAACGGUGAGAAUAGUGGACCAAUGUAGCAAUGGAGGAUUAGAUUUGGAUGUUGCGAUGUUCAAUCAAAUAGACACCGAUCGUAAUGGCUAUCAGCAAGGUCAUCUCAUUGUUGACUACCAGUUUGUUAACUGCGGCGAUUAAUGAACUCAUCCGGCAGCCUGAUUCUAAAAACAUACAGUGUUUCGGGCACUGAUUGCAUUUCAUAUUAUGUAAUGAUUUCGUGAUUAUAUCGGUCUACACAUACAAUAAACUAAUAAAGACUUCUGUAUCAAGGAUAUAUGUUAUUCGCAUCAAUAAUUACGGAUUAUUCGGAUAUUGUUAUUAUAUAAAGAUCGGUACUUCUUUGGUA